GGAAGAUAUUAUUUCAUUAUUUUUAGAAUUAUUUUCUUUCAAUGGUUAUUAAAAUAUAACAUAACACCAUCACAGAAUUUUAAAUGCUUGUGACGUCACAUUUUAAGUGUGGCAACAUUGGUUUGCUUGCGUUUGACAGCGUAUCGAUGGGAGAGGGGAAUUGAAUUGCCCGCGGAGAUCGUCAGCCAGCUAACGAGAGGGCAUUGGCUUUCUAGAAGUGUGUCGGAGUGGCAGGUCGGUAGCUUGAUAUUUUACCCACAAUUUCAAGAUCCAAAUUAUAAUUAAAGAUUGAAUCCAUCCAGCAUUAGGGAAUAUAAAGUUAUUAGUGAAUACGAAGUUGAAGAAUUUGAAUGCAGAUUUAAAAUGAGUUCCGGCCUGCCACCACUAUGAAAUCAUAAAAAAAAAAGAAAACCUAAGACCACCAAGGUAGACCACUUCUAGAGAGACGGUCACUAGGAGACCAGCCUGGAAGAUCUCCAUAUCUAUCUUUUUCGCCUGUACCUUCAACUGGUUUUUUUUCCACCUGUUUUCUUGUACCUCCAGCAGGACAGUUGCAAGAGGGAGUUAGCACCCCCUUGUGCUCAUUGCAUCCCGGUCAAUUUGGGGAAUACACAGCAAGGAACGCACCGCAAGGAACAUUGGAAGAUUGUGAAAAGGGGUUUGUGUUGAUGAACAUUCGGUUUGCUCUAAGUAAAAAUUUAGACUGUUUUUUGUGAUUUUCAGGAUACUUAGUUUAUUCAUAUAGGUACUUUAUAAAUUUAUUGCACAUAACCUUUCCCUUUUCAAGAUUUUUAUAGUAUUACAGAACAGUAUAAUAAUUGAUAGCGUUCCCCAAAGCUGCGUAAUCUCCAUGGUGAGAAUCUCUGAGCUCAGAUACUUUCCCAUACAAUAGUGUUGGUACUCUUAUAUUUUUUUUAUUAUUCUUUGGCUUGUUUCCCUUUUAUAUAACUAUUUAAACUCCUUUAAUUAUUUUAGUAUAUUUUAAAUUAAAUUUUUCAAAUUAACUUCAAAUAUCAUUAAAAAUUUCUAUUAUUCAAAUUAUUUAACUUUAACUAUUAAUUUUUAUAUUAAAUUCGAAUAAAUCCCUAGUACCCAUCCCCUCAGGAAGGUACUAGUUUUACUUGCCAUUAUUAUUAAGAACCACAAGUCGGUAAAAGGAUCUUUGGUAUCCAGAACUCCGUUGGUUCACUUAGGGACUUGGUACCCGUCAACUCAUUGAGUUGUACAUACAUAUAUUAAAUAUCUUGUUCAUAUUAUCAGGUAGUAUUGAAUUAAGUGUACGUAUGAUAUUCGUACCAUUGUUAUUGGGUGAGGGUAGUUACUGCUAACCAAGUGUAAGUUGUACUUUCUGUAUUAGAGGUACCCUUAUUCAGAUUUUCUAACCUUAUUAAGAUUAUUCUUAGAUUAUAUUUGUAAGGUAAUUCUGUAAAUGACUUUCACUAGUAUUUUUUUUUGUCAUGUUAGAGUUACAUACUAGUUACUUGUCUUAACUCGGAGAUUGUGAAAAUCUGGUAGUUACAUUCAAUAAAUAUACAUUUAUUGUGAUUUUUUUUUCUUAUUACUCCUUUAUCUUGAUAAUAUAUUUUAUAACUUAAUAAUCUUUAAUAACAUUUAACCUACUUGUACUACAAAUUUAAUAUACUCUAUAGCAGCGUAGAAUACCUGGAAGAGGGUUAACCCAGUUAUCCUUCUUCUGGCGCCCAAAAAUUUAUUCUAUUUUCAUUAUAUUAUUAUAUUUACCUUAUCUACUUUGUGAACAGUGUCUUAAUAUCUUCUUUUCUAGCCAUCAUUGUCAUUUCCUUUAAUUUAUUGUCCAGCCAGAAAUAGCCGUGCAAAUUGGCCGAAUCCUUCCUUGAGUGUCAAGUGGCCAUUCUCUUGCAUAUUGAGCUAGCUAUUCAAGUUACAUCUAUCUAUUCAUAAUUUUCCAUCUCCAGUCCUAUAUCAAGUCUAUACUCUUUGUCUUUACAUCUUCCCAUACAAGUACUACUGCGAAGUAGUAUUUUAGUUACUUCAGCUUCUUCCAACGUAGAAGCCACACAUUUUUGUUCCUUUGGCUACAUUAAGUAGAUCUUCUUUUUCCUACUUCUGUUGGAGUUUAUCACUCUCUGUGCAUUCACUCCAACAGAAAAUCUUCUUCUAACAGGUUACAUCGGCUUCCCAACGUGGUGGCCUUAUUUUUGGUCUGAGACAGUAUUUAUUUAGGUCAAUUCUUCUCUUUUUAUCUCAAGUUUCUUUGUUAUUUCCGUUUGGUAUCUCUAUACACAUCUUGUUACUUAUUUAUUUUAUUUUUAAUUUCUGAUACAUAUCAGGUAUUCUUAUACGCUGUUUUGAUUUUUGUUUAUAUUUUGGGACCUCAUUAUAGUAUAGGUUUGUGCAACUUACAUUCUGGGUUAAAUUUGAAUUUUUUAUUGGGAACUUAUAUUUAAUAUUGCUAUUAAUAAUAUAAUUCAUAUAAGGUAAUUUUUAUUCCUUCAGCCAAUAGUGGUAUAGUUGGAGGUACAACUAAGCAUUGAUUAUUAUUAUAUAUAUUUUUUCCAAAGUGGUGGUAAGUUACAUAUAAAUAAAAAUUUACUUCCAGUAUUUAGGUAGUAGGUUUACUUGAGUAUACAUUAUUUAUUGGAUUAUUUAUCCAUUUAUUUGAUCUUAUAUAUUUAUUUGAUCUUAUUUAUUUGAUUAUAUACUUCAUUAUAUAUAUAUAUAUAUUUUUUGCUGGCCAUUUUGAUUUUGUUGGUGUGUUGCGAAUAUUUUCUCGGUAUAUAUAUUUUGCGUGCAAACUUAGGUAUCUUUCAUACUUCUGUUCUUUGGACUACUUGUCAAUAAUUUUGCUCUCAUCAUGUGUGCUUUUAAAGCUGAACAUCUUCUGGUGGAUGAACUGGAUUAUGAAUUAAAGAUUAGGGACAUAAUGCCAGAGGAGUCGACAACUGUCGGUAAAAAACGCAAUCUUCUGAGAGGUGCUUUGAAACAAGAAGCUGGCAAUAGGAGUUUUCUCCAAAUAUCAGCUGUAUCCAUCCCUUUUGAGGAACAACAGAAAGGAAUCUCUGAAACAUUGGACAGCUUGUCUAAAAAAAUCGAAAAAUUUAGGGGAACUGUAAAGGAUACAGAGUAUGCGCGAUUAACAUCUCGUCUAGGCCAUAUUUCUGCCCGUGUACACUUGUUACACUGUCCUACCGAAGAACAGGAACCUUUCAAGAAAUCUGUUUCUCUUAGAAUAUUAACACUAGAGGGUGAACUUGAUUCUAGAGUUAACCCCAUAGCUACCUCUACUCCUAAUGCUCCAGUCAAUGUAUCUAGUUUCACUUACUCCAAACCUGUGCAAGUACACAAAUGGGGUAUUUCAUUUUCAGGUGAAAAACAGCACACUGAUGUGAUGUCAUUUUUGGAAAGGGUUGAAUGUCUUCGAGUAUCUAGAGGUGUUUCUGAAGAGGAUUUGUUUGCUGCAUCUGCUGAACUGUUCACCGGGACAGCUUUUACCUGGUUUAGGAAUAAUAGGGGUAAUUUUUCUUGUUGGUCUGAUCUGAUUAAAAAGUUGAAGUCAGAUUUUCUUCCGUACUCGUUCCAGGACGACCUACUAGAUCAAAUUAAGAAUCAUAAGCAGAAACCUGGGGAAUCUGUUACUAUGUUUAUUAAUACUAUAUUAGGUAUGUGUAGUCGUUUAGACACUCCUUUGUCAGAUUUAGCUAAAAUUAAAAUCAUCCUUAAAUGUCUAUUACCCUUUUAUCAUCAACAAUUAGCUCUUAUGGACAUUCAGAACAUUGAUGACCUUACUAUAAAGUGCAAACGUUUGGAGGAAACUUUAUCCUGGUCUUCGCAACCUCCAUCCACAUCUCGAUCCUAUUCUAACUCUUCUUCUCAGCCAACUUCCUUUAGGCAACGUUCUUGGCCAAAUAAGGGCCAUGAUCAUAAUGUUUCGGUUGUUAGUUCUCUUGUCUGUUGGAAUUGUGAUCAGCCAGGUCAUCCGUUUUACAAUUGUGCAAUUCCUCAAAGUCGUAUUUUCUGCCAUGGUUGUGGCCGAGAGAACACCCUUAAAAGGAAUUGUUCUAAGUGUUCGGGAAACGAGACGUCGGAGGUCCGUCCCCUGAACGUUUCUCCGUCCAACACCCAAUCAGGGAAUCCAACCCCAUCGUCAAACGAAACUGCUGGACCAAGCACAUCCAGCAACCCAAACCCAUCUUCACGAAAAGGGAAAGGGGUGUCGUUCAAGAAAACAGCACACACCACAAAACAAAAUUAAACCAGAAAUUAAUUUCUAUAGAUGAUACGUUAGAUUCGCUUGAUUCAAAUGAUCACAGAUGUUCAUUUACAAAUUCUUCUUUGAUUGGUAGUGUUCAACGUAACAAUAAUAAUUGUGAUAGUGAUGUAGUUCCAUUAUCUAUAUUAGAUUCUAGUUUUGUUAAUGAUGAUGAUACGUCUAGGUUAGUUCCCUAUAACGGUUCUAGACAACCAAAUACUUUAUAUCUAGAUAUUAAUUCUUUAUUAGUUAGGAAACAAAAUGAUAAUAGGCCAUAUCUCCCUAUUCAAAUUCUAGGACAAUCGUGUUUAGCUUUGUUAGAUAGUGGCUCUAAUAUUUCCUUGAUAGGGG